GCGCGCGAUUCGUCAUAUGCAGCAUCAGCGCCGGCAGCAACAUCCACACCACGGAUCCUUGGAUGCGAUGAAUGAGUCGAUCCAUUCCUUAAACCUCAAUGCAGGAAGAGGGUACGCCAACAACAUGGGAUCGUAUCAGGUGGCGGAGUCAGAUGUGCACUCGGACAUGCCGUUGAUGAUGAACAGCAACGAUGUCAGCGUCGACGACUUGGACUAUGACGGCGUGGAAGUCGAAACGGCGCUGCGUGAACCACCGCUCUUGAUUCGAUGGGAAGGGUACCUCAUGAAGCGCAGCGACUGGCUCAAGCACUGGGAGACGUACUACUUUGUGUUACAUGGGCGCGUGCUAUACUGCUACUUGAGCGAUGAAGAGGCCAAGCUCCACCCCGAGAACUCCAAGAUCAAGCACGGCAAGUUCACGUUCAGCGACAACCUAAUUCUCGACGAAGUGAUCACCGUCCAGUCGCGACUAACGUACGAGUUUGUGUUUGAGAGCGACAAGGGCAAGCAGAUCCACUUGCGCGCGAAAACCGAAGCGAGCAAGCAAAUGUGGAUGCACAUGGCGUGCCAUGGCAUCGUCGACACGGAAAUGCUUCGAAACCAGGUGCUGCACAUGCGCCGCACGCCCCAGCGCCACGCCACCCUCGUCGACUUCUUCCUCGGAUACGAGUACCUGUUUGCGUCGCUGUCCAACAUCGAAGACGCCACCGCGUCGACGUCGUCGUUGGAUUCGUCCAAUAAGCAGCGGAAACACUCGAAACAACGCUCCGACGACAUCGUCCACCCGGACGCUGCGAUCGCCGCCUUUGCGCCCAAGGUGGACCAUAUCCUCUGCCGUUUCUUCUCCAUGUGCCAAACAGACAUUGCCAUGCGCAACAACUACAUGCCCAUGGUCCCCUUCCAAGGUACGUUUCGAGGGUACGCUGGAGUGCUAGAGUACUUUACCAAGCUGUCCAAGGCGGUGUCGUUUGAGUCAUUUUCAGUCGAGGGCAUGUCAUUUGAAGGCGACGAAACCAAGCGGCUCGUGGUGGUGCACGGGCUCGAGUCGAUGGAAGUACGGGGAACGGGGCAGUCGUUUAGCCAGGCAUGGGAGCACAAAUUUCUCGUCAAGGACGACGGCCGCAUCUACCGAUGGGAAAUCAACGGCGAUAUUGUGGCGUCGUCGGUCGCGUUCAAGCACUUGCAUAACCGAGGACAUGGGGAAAAGUACUGCGAGUCGUUUACAACGAUCAAGUUGGACAAUAUUCCGAAUCUCGCGCGAAAGGACAAGCCAAUUCCGCCGACACCAACCAAGCCACCGCCGAGAAUGGCAUGGAACACGCCGCCACAGCAGUGGGACCCCCCGCCCACAACACCAUGGAGUUGUCAUCACCAGUCGUUCAACCAGCCUCGGCACCCGACGCCGACAAAGCCGCAAAACCCCCCCGGCGGCGGCGGCAUCCACAUUCAACUGCGGCGGACGUACCCGUCGUCAUCAUCGCCCACGCACACAAGCGUCCACCCCGUGUCAUCGCCGCCGUCCGACCAGUCUUCAUUUGAAGAUCGCAUGUCUACAUUUCUCGACAACGACCAAGUCCAUGGGUCUCCACAUACGCAGUCACAAGUCCAGGACCAACGACGAGCGCCGCCGACAGAAGCGUCAUAUCCACCACGCACUUCGUUUCGAAACCAUGUCACACAGUCGUGUCCAAACCAUGUCACAGGCCCGUAUCCACUGGACGAUCCAUUGUCGCCGACUUCAUUUUACGAACCAAAGGAAGGACCACCACCACUACCUGUGCAUCAUGCAGACCCAUCCCGUACUCGGCAUCAACAACAGCAUCAGAAGCCCCCGUCGUCGUCGUUUCGACCUUCUACUUCGUCGUCGGACCCAUCGUUCCCGCAACCCCCACGUCCAUUUCCGUCUUCGGCAUCGUUCGGCACCCGCGGCCAUUCGCUCCCCUUUCCAGACAACCACCACCCACGCUUCCAGCAGCAGCAUCCCCCGUCUCCCCCCCCGCAGAAGUCGCCCGAUGCCGCCAACCUCAUCACGUCCAGCACAUCCUUUGAUUACCCGCUCGGGUUUAAACGAGGCAACUUGUGGCCAGACGCGCCCGUGCCGCCGUCAGAAAACAUCCGGCUGGCUGCCGCCAAGCGGCUCGACCUGUGCCGGCCGCGGGAGGACCUCGCCAUGUACCUCCAGAUUGCAUGCAAGACGCUGCAUGUUUCCAUGGGCACGGUGUGCGUGGUCGGUGGCGGUGCCGGUCUGUUUAUCGCGAAAUUCGGCGGCAGCAUGACGCACGUAGACACGGCACCCCGCGAUAUGAUCCUCGAGUCGCAUGUCAUCAUGAGCGCCGACCCGACGGUCGUGCUGGACACGAGCGUGGACAUCCGCUUCGCCAUGAACCCUGUCGUGACGCAGGGGGACGUCGGCUUCUAUGUUGGCAUCCCGCUCGUGUCGACGGAUGGAGACUACGAUGUCGUGGUUGGCGCGCUGAGUCUAGUGGACACGACCCCUCGGGACGCGGUCACACACAAACAAGUCGCGGCACUCGUGCAAAUCGCCCAGACCAUCAUGCAUCGGGUGCAGGAUCUCAGCGCCGCGGGGAAUGGUGCACGGAACCCGCCACCGCCGCCGCCACAACACGAUAGCACAUUCGAUCGAACACAAGUGAACUUGGAAAUCGAUUAG